UCAAAAGUGUACAGUUCCCGCGACCGGCUGAAAGUAGUUAUGGUAGUUAGUGAUUUAAUUUUUUAUUUGAUCCUUUAAGGGUUUAAAGUCAUAUUUUACUAGUGUACCAGAAUCUAUUUUGCACUCAAUUUAAACAGAAUCACGGUCUGAUCAGCAGAACGGAUGUCUGCGGUAACAAAGUCACUCUGCUCCACUUUGAUGUUUGUCGGUGUCUUCGUGUUUGGCUCGGCAGAUGAAAAAUUUCUCAAAGCUGAGUCUGGACAGGACGUCACUCUGACAUGUCGAGUUCCAAAUAAUAACAUCAGAGCUGUAUAUUGGACUAGAGCUGACCUGUUGCCAGAAUAUGUGCUUUUAUACCAGAAUGGUCAAUUUGUUCCAGACGACCAGCAUCCAUCUUUUAAGAACCGGGUGGAUCUGCAGGACAGACAGAUGAAGGAUGGAGACGUGUCUUUGAUUCUGAAGGAUGUGACAAUUAAUGACGCUGAAACAUACAAGUGUCUUGUCUUCAUGGAAAAAACACGCUCCUGGGAGAUCAUCCGAUUAAUCUACCUAACGGUUUCUCCAGAGCACAAAACCAUCACAGCUGAAUCUGGACAGGACGUCACUCUGACAUGUCGAGCUCCAAAUAAUAACAUCAGAGCUGUAUAUUGGACUAGAGCUGACCUGUUGCCAGAACAUGUGCUUUUAUACCAGGAUGGUCAGUUUGAUCGAGAAGACCAGCAUCCAUCUUUUAAGAACCGGGUGGAUCUGCAGGACAGACAGAUGAAGGAUGGAGACGUGUCUUUGAUUCUGAAGGAUGUGAUGAUGAAUGACGCUGGAACAUACCAGUGUCUUGGCUUCAUGGCAGAAACACACUCAUUGAAACUCAUCAGCUUAAUCUACCUCAGUAUUUCUCCAGAACAAAAAUUUCUCAAAGCUGAGUCUGGACAGGACGUCACUCUGACAUGUCGAGCUCCAAAAAACAACAUCAGGCGUGUGCUAUGGACUAGAGCUGACCUGUUGCCAGAACAUGUGCUUUUGUACGAGGAUGGUCAUUUUGAUCCAGACAACCAGCAUCCAUCAUUUAAGAACCGGGUUGAUCUGCACGACAGACAGAUGAAGGAUGGAGACGUGUCUUUGAUUCUGAAGGAUGUGACGAUUAAUGACGCUGAAACAUACAAGUGUCUUGUCUUCAUGGAAAAAACACGCUCAUGGGAGCUCAUCAGCUUAAUUUAUUUGAGAGUUCCUCCAGAUGAAAAAACAAUCACAGCUGAGUAUGGACAGGACGUCACUCUGACAUGUCGAGCUCCAAACAACAACAUCAGACGUGUGCUAUGGACUAGAGCUGACCUGUUGCCAGAAUAUGUGCUUUUGUACCAGGAUGGUCGUUUUGAUCCAGACAAACAGCAUCCAUCUUUUAAUAACCGGGUGGAUCUGCAAAACAGAAAAAUGAAGAAUGGAGACGUGUCUUUGAUUCUGAAGAAUGUGAUGAUUAAUGACACCGGAAUACACAAGUGUCAUGUCUUCAUGGCAGAAACAGACUCAUGGGAGAUCACCAGCAUCAUCUACCUAAAUGUUGUUGAUCCUCCAGACGAGAAAACUAUCACAGUUGAAUCUGGACAGGACGUCACUCUGCCAUGUCAAGCUCCAAAAAACAACAUUAGAGGUGUUUAUUGGACUAGAGCUGACCUGGGAGAUGAAUAUGUGCUUUUGUACAAGGAUGGUCGUUCUGAUCCGGACAAACAGCAUCCAUCUUUUAAGAACCGGGUGGAUCUGCAGGACAUAAAGAUGAAGCAUGGGAACAUGUCUUUGAUUCUGAAGGAUGUGACGAUUAAUGACGCUGAAACAUACAUGUGUCAUGGCUUCAUGGCAGAAACACUAUCAUGGGUGCUCAUCAGCACUAUCUACUUAAGUGUUGUUCAUCCUCCAGAUAAGAAAACAAUCAUAACAGAGUCUGGACAGGACGUCACUCUGACAUGUCGAGCUCCAAACAACAACAUCAGAGGUGUUUAUUGGACUAGAGCUGACCUGGUGCCAGAAUAUGUGCUUUUAUACCAGGAUGGUCGUUUUGAUCCAGAUGACCAGCAUCCAUCUUUUAAGAACCGUGUGGAUCUGCAAGACAGACAGAUGAAGGAUGGAGACGUGUCUUUGAUUCUGAAGAAUGUGACGAUUAAUGACACUGGAACAUACGAGUGUCAUGUUUUCAUGGCAGAAACAGACUCAUGGGAGCUCAUCAGCAUCAUCUACCUCGUUGUUGUUGUUCCUCCAGGUCAGACAGGAGGACAUACAGAUGAACUGUGAGUCAGACGAUCUGAGGACAUAAAUGAACUUUCCUGAACAUCCAGACUCAGACGAGUCUGUCAGUGACUCCGAAGUACAGUUUAUUCAUUUUCAGGCUGUUCAUGAGAUUUACUGACACAAAGUCAAGCUGUUUUACAAACAUAAAUGAAUUUAUGGGCUCUAAUCUCAGAAUCAGAAGGGUGUUUUUAGAGCUCUUUUAUGUUGGUGGGGUCUUAUGAAAUAGGAGCAGAAUGUAAAGGUUAACCCUCUGAGGUCCAGGGUUUAAUUAUCCACUUUUGGCUACUUUAGAUUUUCCGUCUAUAUUUCACAUUUAAGAACUUCUUACCUUGCCUUGUUUGGUAUUAUUAUUUUCAGCACAAACUCACAUGUCUGAAUUUCCUGUUAUUUUUUAUGUUGACAUACUGUAUUAGCACAAUUGAUUUAAAUGCAGACAACAUAAAAUCCAAGUAGAAACAAGGCUUUUACUGUCAAAACCACAAACAUGUUUAACAAACCUUGUUGAUAACUUGAAUUGCAAAAAGAAAUUGUACACUUCUAAAAAUUAUGCACAAAUUUUGCAAACAAUAAAGUUGUGUGGUACCAUUGACCUAAAAAUACAGCCAAGGCCUCAGGCAUUUUUUAUAUAACCAUUUAAAACUAUUCACAGAACAAUCAGGUGUGCUGCAUUAACUAAGAAGGCACAAAUUAGUUGUGCCACUCCAAAAAGAGUUUCUGUCCACUAUAAGACAGAGGAGAUCACCAAAGGCCUAAACCCUGCAGUUCUGAAGGCAGGAGGUGGAUCAGUCCAGUUUUCCAUGUGGAGACAGCACAUGCCUUUGGUGGCUAUUUUGAGCAACUAUGAUAUUCACUAGUAUAUCUGACACACAAAAUAAGACAACAACUACACACUAUAACUAUAGCCUUUGUCACUUCGCAACCAAACAGAUCAUGCAAAAACAAGAACAGAGUGAGAAAAAAAUGGUUUCAGACAAACACACACACACACUGUCCUCAACACAGUCCUCUCUGGUGACAUCUGGUGGCCAAAAAUAUGAAGAGCAGCUUGAACCCACAAAAUAAAACCAACUGCUUCAUUAUGAUUGCCCACUCUACAGAGUGGAAUUCUGUCUCAUAUUGGGCUGCUGUUGUGUUGCUUUGAACGUGUAUUUUUUGGUGUUAAAAAAUGUUGUUUAUUUGUUUAAUAAAUAAUUUUGACCAGCAAACCUUCCUGGUUUGAACAUG